UACAUCUACUUAGUAUAGUUUGGGUAUUCGUCGCAGGCACUAUCAUGCUGAGAGUAGCGGUUAUCGGAGCGGGUGUUAACGGUGUGGCGUGUGCAAUCAAAAUCUUGGAGCAUUACCAAGACGAAAAGAAGACAAAUGUGCAGGUGACAAUUAUAUCUGAUGAAUUUACGCCCAACACAACCGGCGAUGGAUCAGCGGGACUGUGGGGCCCCUAUUUGCUAGGUGGCACAGAUGAGUCAAAAGUUCAUAAAUGGUCGAGGGAUAUGCAUUUGUUUCUCGAGAAGAUUUGGCUAAGUGAGGACGCUGGCGAGGCGGGCGUCUGCCUCAUCCCCUGCGUCCGGUUGAGCACCGAUCCCAAUGCUAGCGUUGGCGAAUUCUGGCGCGACAUUGUCUACGGUGCCGUCGAUCUCACAGCAGAACAACUGACUGCUUAUAAUAAAAACCGAGAUAUUAAAUUUACUUCGGGACUCUCAUUUGUUACUUAUACAUCCGAGCCGGUCAAGCUGCUGCCCUAUCUGACGAAGCGCUUUGUCCGUCGGGGUGGACGCAUUGAACAGCAGAAAGUCACAGAUCUGGAGACCUUUGUGAGAGAUUCGCCCUACGAUGUGAUUGUUAAUUGUACUGGAUUGGGCUCCAGGCAACUGCUCAACGAUGAUAGCAUGUACGCCGUUCGUGGUCAAGUUACUCGGAUAAAGGCCAAUUGGGUGUUUACCGCCAUACUGGAUGAAAGUGAUGUUGGCAACUAUAUCAUACCCAAUACCGAGUCCGUGGUGCUUGGCGGCACACACCAGGUGAAGGAUUAUAGCACCAAGGUCUGUGAGACGGAUAAGCGUUUCAUUAUCGAUGGUUGUCGCAGCUUGAUGCCGGCUCUGGAGCACACUCAGCAUCUAUUCGAUUGGGUUGGUCUGCGUCCGGGUCGCGACCAGCUGCGUCUGGAAUCGGAGAGGCGUGGCAGGAAGUUACUCAUUCACAACUAUGGACAUGGUGGCAGCGGUGUCACCUUGGCCUGGGGCUGUGCCGACGAUGUUCUAAGCCUCUUGGUAGCUGCACAAAUUAAAUCCCAUUUGUAGUUUCUACAGUAGAUUUGUCAGUGCAAGUAUUAUCAGCUGAAAUCAAGUACUGGCUGUCAUAAUACUAAUUGCCCGAACAUGCGCCAAUACUCCACAAAAAAAAUAUAUAUAUAAAUAAAUAUAAACAGCACUUAUCAAA